AUGACCCCCCGAUAUCCAUUACUCCACCGUGCCCCCCGCUAUCCAUUACUCCAUUGUGCCCCCCCCUAUCCAUUAUUCCACCGUGACCCCCGCUAUCGAUUACUCCACCGUGCCCCCCCUGCUGUCCAUUACUCCACCGUGCCCUCCCCCGCUAUCCAUUACUCCACCGUUCCCCACUAUCAUUACUCCAUCAUGACCCCCUGCUAUUCAUUACUCCACCGUGCCCUCCCCCACUAUCAUUACUCCACCGUGGCCCCCUGCAAUCCAUUACUCCACUGUACCCCCGCUAUCCAAUAUUUCACCGUGACCCCCGCUAUCCAUUACUCCACCGUGCUUCCGGCUAUCUGGUGCCCCCGCUAUCAUUACUCCAUCAUGAACCCCGCUAUCCAUUACCCCACCGUGCCACCCGCUAUCCAUUAUUCCACCGUGCCCCACCGCAAUCCAUUAUUCCAUCUGGCCCCCCGCUAUCCAUUACUCCACCGUGCCCCCUAA